AUGGCUUCCGGGUUAUAUAUUGAGGAUUUUUUGUCUAAUGUUUUGUGCAAUGGUGUUUGGAGUUGGAGGCCUGCACGAUCCGAUGAUCUUGUGGAUAUACAGAGCAGACUCCUGGAUGUCAAUAUAAGGCCCUGUGACAAGCCAAUUUGGUCUAUCUCAAAGAAGAAAAUUUACAUGAGCUCUGACACUUGGGAGAUGAUUAGGAAGAAAAAUCCUAUUGUGGACUGGUGGCAGCUUGUUUGGUUCCCAUUAGCUAUCCCUAAACAGGUUUUUGUUUUGUGGUUGGUGAUGAAAAAUUGCUUAACUACUGGGGAUUGUUUGGCUAAGUGGGGCUACAAAGGAAAUGUUACUUAUAUGUACUGUCAAAAUGGAAUGGAGAGCCAUGAUCAUCUAUUUUUGAGUGCAGCUUCAGUUCUCGUUUGUGGAAGGAAGCUAUGA